UGAUUACGUUAGAACCGCUCCGUGUUUUCGAUAAGUUGGAAGGAUAAAUUGCACAAACGUCGCAUAAAGCUCAUUUCCCGUUAGGAAAGCUUUCGCGAAGAAAAUCCACCGACUAUGGGCGCGCUAUCCAUCUGCGGGAUCUUUCUUUUGCUCUUUAUAUCGAGAACGAGCGGAUUCGAAAUAUCUUCGGUGGACCGAAUUGUCGAUGGAGCACCGAUCGACAUAUCCGAGGUUCCGUACAUGCUAUCGUACAUGGUAAACGGUGAUCAUGCGUGCGGUGCUGCUAUCGUUAACGAAGAAUGGGGAUUGACGGCUGCUCAUUGCGUCGUUCCUUUCGUCGGCGAACCCGACGUUGUGAUAAACAUCCGCAGCGGGUCCAAUCACUACGACUCGGAUGGUUUCAUCCACAAUGUGACGUAUCUUUCUUAUCACGAAAAAUACAACGACGGGGACAACGAUUACGAUAUAGCGGUGUUCAAAGUGGACCCGUCGUUCGACUUUAACAACGUUACGCGACCGGUAAAGCUACCAGAGGACAUGAACCAUGUCGAUACGAGCUGGGGUUUAGUUGCUGGUUGGGGCUACUUCCUCGACUUCGAUCCGGUGCUAUCAGAGUCCCUGCAAUACGUUAUCGUGCCAAAAGUGAGCGAAGAAGAGUGCAGAGAAGAUUACAAAGAUAGGUUCAUAGUUACGGAUCAUCAAGUUUGCUAUGGGUUCCAAGAAGGAGGAAAAGACGCGUGCAAGGGCGACUCGGGUGGACCGCUAGUUAACAAUUUCACCGUGAUCGGUAUAACUUCCUGGGGCGACGAUUGCGGCGAACCAAACUCCCCCGGCGUCUACACGGACGUUAUCAGUCUCGUGGAAUGGGUUAAAAAUAAAACAUUCCGCGAACCAUAGUUUGCGUUUAUUUGAUUAAAAUAGCAAUUGCUUCCAGGGAUCUUGAUCCAAGAAUUUCGGUCGAUUUCACUACGCAUCGGUGAACAUCAACUUGUACUCUUAAAACGUUGAAAAAAUCGGUAGGAUUAAAGUCGUCGUUAUCUUUGAAUUCUUAGCCUGUA